GGUCAGUGUCUCUCCCGCGUGCACGGAGCGGCACCGAAGAGCAGCGCCAGUCAUCUGCGAACAGUUUGUGAGGAGUAGUACAUACGUACUACGUGUCAACCCCCGUCAGUCCUGGCGAAUUGAUAUUCGACGCGUGCACAUCUCUUUCCUGGAUUUUAUACAACGGUCAAGGUUACCGGGAAGUUCGUGCGAACAACAUACUUCGGAAAACGCGAGAAGAGACUAGACGUAAACGAUAUCGUCACAUCAAAGACAGAGCGCAUCAACGUAAAAGUGACUUGCAGAGCGAUUGAUUUUUCGAGCCGUUUGACACGUGACAAUAUGUUACGGAUAUUCGUGAUUCUCGCCGUCGCGACCGCGGCAACGGCUCAGGUACCAUUUAUCGGCGCCUGUCCUAACUUGGAAACUAUGAAAAAUUUCAACCUUAACAGCUAUUUAGGCAAAUGGUACGAAGUUGAGAGAUACUUCGCGUGGUUCGAGUUCGCUGGAAAAUGCGUGACGGCUAGUUACAGUGUGAACGAGGACGACGGUUCGGUCAAGAUUAUCAAUAAGCAAAUAUCAUCGUUUAGCGGGAUUACGUCAAGCAUCGAGGGCGUGGCGAGAUUACUCGGCAAAUCCGACGAUCCUAAACUGUCGGUCAGUUUUCCGUCAUUGCCGGUGCCAGUUGAAGCGCCCUAUUGGAUUCUGGACACGGAUUACAAAUCGUACGCCGUAGUGUGGAGCUGCGCAAAUCUGGGAGUGUUAAACGUGCGAAACGUUUGGAUUCUGACGCGAGAGCCAAAUCCGCCGGUCGAAGUUCUGGAGAAAGCUUAUCAAGUUAUCGACAAAAACAACAUUAGCAGAGCGUACUUCAUUCGCACGAAUCAGAAGAAUUGUCCGGCUUCGUAUUAGAAACGACGAAAUAGAUCUUUUGGAAAAAAAAAAAAAACGACGAUGGUCUUGCGACAAGAGUUAUGAAUCUUUGAAUUGCGAAAUGAUGUAAUCGUAAUUAUGCAGACGUGUUAUGUGACUUUACUACGUUCAAACAUUGUAAACACUUGACAUUAAUGAGAUUGACAUUAAAGUGGCAUUUAUUUAAAGUCAAAACCACUGCGUAAAUUAUGAUUUUUUAUAAUUUGUAAAACUCUAUACAGUUUUGUUUGUGCCUGUGAUUUUAAAAGCAAUAUGUAAUAAGACAAAAAAAUAAACAUAUGUGUUAAUCACUGCA